CAGCAGCAGACAGUCAAACUGGCUGUGAACUGUUUGCACAGGAUCUCAGAAGAAUUAUUAUAUAUGACCGUACUCAUUUAACUAAUGAAAUGCAAACAGAAGCAGGUGAAUAGUUCACGCACAGACAUCGACACAAACACACAGAGAAAGAGAGAAAAAUAGAAAGGACAUGAAAGAAUCCACAAAAAAAAAAUCAUAACUGAGUCUAAAACAUGGCAUAUCAGCUUUUAGCAAAUGUGCUCACAAGUAGCCUAGCAAAAUCCCGUCUUGACAGAAUUGUCAAAACACAGAAAAGCCCUCUCUCCCGCUAUCGCCUCGAUAUGAAGAUCUAUGCCAACCAGUAGUGGAGGCGUUUCUAAAAUGACGGUAUCGCGUAAGGACGAAAUGCGUGCGUCGUUUUUUUCUACCCACGAUAUUCAGGAAGAGAUUCAGAAUAGCUUAUCCAUGAGUGUGCUCCUGGUGGAGGCUUUCUACGGUGGCUCGCACAAGCAGCUGAUAGACCUGCUCAGAGAGAACGUGGAAGACUGCGUGGCCUACACAUUGCCUGCUAAGAAAUGGCAAUGGAGGGCCAGGACAGCAGCCCUAUACUUCAUGCAGGCCAUCCCGGCUAGCCCCACAUACAGGGUCCUGUUUGCCAGCUCUGUAUUGAACCUGUCUGAACUAGUGGCUCUGCGACCCGACCUGGUCAGACUGAAGAAGGUGCUCUACUUUCAUGAAAAUCAGCUAGUCUAUCCGGUCCGCAAGCAUCAGGACCGAGACUUCCAGUAUGGAUACAACCAGGUCCUCUCAUGCUUGGUGGCAGAUGUUGUGGCGUUCAACUCCUCUUUCAACAUGGAGUCUUUUCUGUCCUCCAUUUCGUCCUUCAUGAAGAUGAUUCCGGACCACAGGCCCAAAGAACUGGACAAGCUCAUCCGCCCAAAGUGUCGGGUCCUUCACUUCCCCAUCCUAUUCCCACAUGUCACAAGACAACUCCGUGAACCGAAGCUCCAUGACAGGCCAGAUGAGUCUUGUGUUGAUGACCUCCGAGCUCCGCAGGUCUCACAGGGUCAACCACCAUCUCCAGGCAGGCCAGAGGCUCAGAGCAGGCCUGAAGAGCUGCUAUGUCCAGUAGAAGAGGAAAAUGAAGGACUUCUCAGUCACCACUCCCCUCCGGCUCCCAUUGCUCCAUGCCUGAGCCAAGACCCAGAGGAUAGCCUGCUGGAUCACAAGGAAGGCACCAGGCAGAUUGAGGCCGGGCCUGGGGGAGCUGUGAAGGGGAAGGAAGAGAGGGAUGGAGAAAGAGAAGAGGGCCAUGUUAGGCCUCUACAUAUCGUCUGGCCUCAUAGGUGGGAACAUGACAAAGACCCGGAGCUCUUCUUCAAGACACUGCUGAAGCUGAAAGAGAGAGGCCUGGGCUUUCAAGUGUCCGUCCUGGGGGAGACCUUCACCGAUGUGCCAGCCAUAUUUGCAGAGGCCAGAACAGACCUGGACGCCCACAUCCUCCACUGGGGGUUUGUGCCUAGUAAAGAGGACUACCUCCGAGUGCUGUGCGAGGCAGAUGUGGUGGUCUCCACUGCCAAACACGAGUUCUUUGGCGUGGCCAUGAUAGAAGCUGUUCAUUGUGGCUGCUAUCCACUGUGCCCCAAGGCUUUGGUGUAUCCUGAAAUAUUUCCAUCAGAAUAUCUGUACUCCACACCAGAGCAGCUCUGUAAGAAACUACAGGGGCUCUGUAAGAGGCCAGAUGUGGUGAGGAGACAUCACAUAAAGGUUGACACCCUUUCCUUUUCCUGGGCUGCUUUGAAAGAGGACUACAAGAGUCUGCUGGCAAGUCAAGAAGACCACCUUCCCUGACUGACAGACCAACUGACAAACCGAUUGACUCACUGACAGACCGACUGUCUGACUGACUGACCAACUGACUGACC